GACCUCUGCUUCCAAGGAAAACGACAACUGACCGCCGUAGCAGCAGGUAGGUUUUUCAAAACAGCUUAUUGAGUUUUGCCAAAUGGAAAUUGACGAAACCAGUUUCUGUACGGACGUGUUGCCUUGUGCAUGGCGAGCGAUCCCUAUAUUUUGUAUAUAGAAUAUUCAUACAAGCCAACCAACCAUGAACAACCACGUACAUUAAAAUCUCCGCCGUUUCUAAAGACUUUUUUUUAAUGGUUUCUGCUCUUUUUUCACUAACCGGCCGGUCGUCACUGCCCUCUUGACUUUUUUUUUUUUUGAAUGGAAAGAAAGAGCUCUGUUCUGAGCUCUUCUGACUCAUCUGGAUUUAUCUGUUCUAAACUGAAAACAUAAACAGAAAAAAAGGUAGUGAGAAGAUGAGUUUGAGGGAUUUGUUGACGAGGGUCGACGUGAUUUGCAAUAAAUACGACAAGUACGAUGUGGACAAGCAUAAAGAAGCCCAGAAUCUUCAUGGCGACGAUGCUUUCGCCCGUCUAUACGGCGUCGUUGAGGCCGAACUCGAUUCUGCCCUCCAGAAAUCGGAGGCUGCGGCGACUGAGAAGAACAGGGCUAGUGCCGUUGCCAUGAACGCCGAGAUUAGACGAACCAAAGCACGUUUGCUCGAGGAACUUCCCAAAUUGCAAAGGCUUGCUUUUAAAAAGGUUAAAGGGCUCUCAAAAGAAGAGCUUGAGGCUCGAAAUGAUUUGGUUCUAACGAUUAAAGAGAGGAUUGAAGCACUACCAGAUGGUUCUUCAAAUGGAGCUAAACCAGCUGGAGGUUGGACAGCUUCAACCUCUUCUUAUACAGGAAUCAAAUUUGAUUCAACCUCAGAUGGGGGAUUUGGCAAUGAGUACUAUCAACAAACAGAGGAAUCGGAUCGAUUUAGGCAGGAAUACGAAAUGAGGAGAAUGAAACAGGAUGAAGAUUUAGAUGUCAUAACAGAAGGAUUGCACACAUUAAAAGAUAUGGCCCAUGACAUGAAUGAGGAAUUAGAUAGGCAGGUCCCCCUGAUGGAUGAGAUAGAUGAUAAGGUUGACAGAGCAAAUUCUGACCUUAAAAAUACCAAUGUUAGGCUCAAGGAGACCAUAAUUCGGUUGAGGUCCAGCAGGAAUUUCUGCAUAGACAUCACUCUUCUGAUCAUAGUAAUGGGAAUUGCUGCUUAUUUAUACAAUGUUUUGAAGUGAAAAUGGUGGUCCAGCAAUUCCUUCCACGGCUAUUAUCACCAUUUAUUAUAAAUAUAUAUUGUCAUAAUUAUGUAUUAUGUUAUGCAAAUAAAUUCAUGUGAAAAUAUAAGCUCAUACCUUACAUAAAUUAUAAUAAUAUAGUUACUGAUUUCUUUUUCCAA